GCCAAAUUCCAAGUUCAAGCUUUUGUAGCUCCUUCAAUUUGAAUACAAUUUAUAUCUAUAUGUACGCAGAAUUUCUGCGUGAAUCCAAUUAACUAAUUUCUUGCUUUCAUUUUUUUGCCUCUUCUGUUUCAAUUUCAUUUCUAGGGUUUUCUAACAACUAUUCAAAAGAGCUUGAAUUCGCAAUUUUCAGAGUAGAUUCAAGGGAUUCGGACGAUGAGUGCAGUCAACAUAAAAGACGUCACCGUUUUGGACAACCCGGCGCCGUUUCUUAACCCUUUCCAAUUCGAAAUCUCUUAUGAAUGCCUGACUCCCCUAAAAGACGAUUUGGAAUGGAAGCUGGUUUAUGUGGGAUCGGCCGAGGAUGAAACUUCCGACCAAGUUCUAGAAAGUGUGCUUGUUGGUCCUGUUAAUGUUGGCAACUACCGUUUCGUUUUUCAGGCUGAUCCCCCAGACCCCUUAAAGAUCCGUGAAGAAGACAUUAUUGGAGUCACUGUCCUACUUCUGACCUCCUCGUAUCAGGGACAAGAAUUCCUUCGAGUGGGAUACUAUGUCAACAACGAUUAUGACGACGAGCAGCUAAGAGAAGAACCUCCUCAGAAGGUUUUGAUUGAUAAGGUCCAAAGAAAUAUUUUGGCCGAGAAGCCUAGAGUAACGAAAUUUCCAAUAAAUUUUUAUCCCGAGAACAAUGAAAACGUGGAACAACCCCCUUCAUCACCUCAGCAGGUUACAGAAUUCGGUAUGAACGGGAAGGAACCUGUUUCCUCCAACCCUCAGUCUGAUGCUCAAUCCCCAGAAACUCUGCAUCUUACUCUACCUGGAGUCUAGAAACAUUGCUAGGAAUUGAUGUAUUGAUUUAUUAGGCUAUGAUAUCUUGGCUACAAACUGAUUAAUUCAUCUUAAUGUAUGAAUUGUAUUAUUUUUCCAUUUUCUUAAUUUUUUAGAAUACACCCUUUCCAAUA